AUCAUCCGUUCUGCUGCUCAAGCAAAUGUGCUUUUCAUUUUCAGAAUUUAAUCAUUGUGUGAUUCAUAAGUCUGAACUUUUUUUUUUUGUUUGUUUUACCUCCAAGCCUGCGGUUUCGUGAUGGUGCUCGUAAAAGUUAGAGUUGGUUUGCAGAAAAGCUCCAUUGCAUUUGCAGCAGGAACGUUGAAUUUUAUAUUGCACCGAAUUUGAUGGUUUUAUCUGGUGUGUUCUUUGGGUAGGUAACAGCUGAAAAAAUGUAAAAACAACAAAUAAAUACAAUAAAUACCUUUCUGUGAUAUUUUUUGAGAAAAAAACGACAUCAUUAUUGACAAAAACAAGCCAUAUAACUGGACUGAAAAACACAUUUUCAGUAUUUUUAGACAGCAGUGGACUUCUGGUGCAACCAAUAUACGACUUAAGGAUCAGACUAAAGGAAUAAUCAGCGUAACAUACUGGAUUGUGUUCGAGUCGCUCUGUUUUUUCUUCCAACACCGUGCUUUAGUGUGUGUUUUUGUAAAUGAAGCUAUAGCGAAAGCAGUUCUACAGUGUCUGUAAUUGAUGUUUCAGGAAUUUUGGAGAUAUGGAAACUGGGUCUCAGGUUAAACAUGCAGUUCUGUAGCAUUGUGUCUAAUGUAUUUUGAGAUCCUUACGCCAGGUAGAUAUCUCUGUAAUUCUAUUUCAAGUUACCAGGAAUUGUUGUGUUCCUGUGGGCCACUACUUGUAGUGACUUUAUUACAAAUGAAUAAGCAAUAAAAAAUGUUUGUUGUGUAAUGUUCGUAAUGUUGAAAGAAAUUAGCUUUAUAACAUAAACAGCUCAUGUGAUUGUAUUAGAAAAGGUUUUAACUGUUUAAAUAAUUAAUAAUCUUUGUCACGAUUAGGUUAUGAACCAGACACUGAACAUCACAGGACCAUAUCAUGUGUCUGUUAGUGCUCCUGAUGUAUGUUUAUGCUAUUAGCACUUGUGUAUGUAACCACACUGUUCACACUGAUUGGUGAGUUUAAUUUCAUAACUGGUUUGGCUUUUGGUAAAGACCACGUUCUUUUGUUCUUAGUCACUGUUCUGUAGGUUUUGCAUACAUAAUGUUUUUGCACCCACUUCCCUUCUAUUACAUGACAUUUAUUAUAUGAGGGUUUUACAUGCUUGAUGCCUUGAAGGUAACAUUAAUAUUGUCUUUUUACUUCACUGGGUGAUUCCAUCUGCUUCAUGUUGCGUUACAAUUUUGGUGUAAAAUCAUACUGUCUUCCUCAUUCCUUAAUCCUGCUUGACCUGUUAUUGUUUUUUAGUUUCCUCUGGUUUGAUUGUUCUGGGGUUUUUUUCCUGGUUGUGACGUCUGUACAACAUGACACUAAAAUAUUUUGUAUAUGAAAUGUGUUUUACUUUUGCAUUGUAGAUCUGAAAAAGAGGUGGAAUAAAAAACAUUGGAAAAAUGGCCGUCACUCAACCCAGUUACAGAUCUGGAAUCUUCUCCUCAAAAUGUGUCAAGCAUCUUCUGCGAUUUGCACUGAAUCUCUGCAAUCGUGUCAAAAUUGCAAGGUGGAUCUUCAUCUUUGGGAAGACUGUGAAGUCCAAAGUAGCCAAAUCAGUAUUGAACCGCCCUCAACCAGAGCUGAGCAUUUUGCUUGUGGGAAGUAAGAAAUCAGGGAAAACUUCAGCAGGCAUCACCAUAUUGGGCGGUGACACAUUAGAUAUCGAUGGAACUGCUAAGUGGGAAAAGAGACAAGGAACUGUGGCAGGGAAGAAGAUCACUGUGGUCGAAGCUCCGGGAUGGCAUCCUGAUAGUCCUGUCGAAGAGAGCGCCAAAGUUCUUAAACAAGCGAUUGUCCUCAGUGUGCCCAUGUGUCCUGCAGGACCUCAUGCAGUACUUCUGGUUGUACGUUUGGACCUUAUUUUUACAGAUAUUGAUCAACACAUAUUAGAAGGGCAUCUGAAUCUUUUGGGUGACAAAGUCUGGAGUCACACCAUAGUUCUGUUCACCUUUGGAGACUCGCUUGGUGACAGAACCAUUGAACAAUACAUUAAUUCUGAAGGGAAAUCUCUUAAACAGCUGGUGGAGAAAUGUGGCAACAGGUAUCACGUUUUCAUGAAUGCGAAUAGGAAUCUUACGCAGAAUACAGAGCUUCUGGAGAAGAUCAAGAGCAUGCUAAAAUCGAACGGUGGUCACCGUUUCGAAGUUGACCCCAGGAUCUUGCGAGACGUGGAAGCAAGUGGAAGAGCAGAAGACCAGAGAUCAAUUCAGAGAAGACAGAAAGUGUGGAUGCGGAGAGCAGACAUCAGAAAACGCAUGCAUCUAACACACCAUCAUCCGGAGGUGUUUAUGUUGCUGGUGGGCGACAGGAAUGCUGGAAAAAGUUCAGCCGGAAACAUCAUCCUAAACAGAGACGCGUUUAAUAUGAGCCGAGCUGUGGAGUGUGUGAUGAGAGAGGGAAAUACAGCAAAUACAAAAUUCACUGUGGUAGAAGCUCCAGGAUGGAGGCCUGAUAGACAUGUAGACGAGAGCACUGAGUUACUCAAACAGGAGCUUAUUCGUGGGGUGUCCAUGUGCCGUCCAGGUCCACAUGCUGUUCUGGUGGUAGUACGUGGAGACAAGACAUUCGCAGAGAAGGACAGAAGUAUAUUAACAGGAUACAUGAAACUUCUUGGUGACAAAGUGUGGAGUCACACUAUAGUUCUGUUCACCUUUGGAGAGUCUCUAAGAGACACAACUAUAGAGAGACACAUUGAGAGUGAGGGAGAGGAUCUACAGUGGCUGGUUGAGAAAUGUGGAAACAGAUAUCAUGGUUUUAACCUUCAAAAGUCGGACAAUGUCCAGGUGAAAGAGCUACUAGAGAAGAUAGAGGAGAUGAUUGCAGAAAACCAAGGCUGCCAUUUGGAAAUGGAUAGGAAGAUCUUACAAGAAAAUGAAGACCGUAGGACACAAGAGUUAGAGAGAUCAAUGGAGAGAAUGAUGAAGGUCUUCAAGCACAAAGAAGACAUUAAAUCACAAAAGUAUGGCCAACACCAUUUCCAGGAGCUGAGGGUUGUAGUACUAGGCUUCAAGAAUUCUGGGAAAAGUUCGACAGGAAACACAAUCUUUGGGAAUAGUUAUUCUGAGUUCAACAUUCAACAUGAAAAGUGUGUCACGAUUGAAGGAGAUGUUUUAAGCAAGAAAGUCACUGUAGUCAAAGCUCCAGGAUGGUUGCAUGAACAACCGGUGGAGGAGAGUACAGAAGCUCUUAGAAUAGAGAUUUUCCGGAGUCUGCUCUUGUGUCCUCCUGGUCCACAUGCCGUAUUGUUGGUGGUAAAUGUGGACAGGACGUUCACCUCGAACGAUGCAGAAAUAUUAACAGGAUACAUGAAUCGGCUUGGGGACAGAAUCUGGAGAUACACAAUAGUUCUGUUCACCUUUGGAGACUACCUGGGAGACACCACUAUUGAGAGACACAUCGAAAGUGAAGGAGUUGCUCUGCAGUGGCUGGUUGAUAAAUGUGGAAACAGGUAUCAUGUUUUUAACAACUUGAAGGCAAAUGAUAACUUUCAGGUUACUGAGCUGUUUGAGAAGAUGGAGGAGAUGCUCUUAGAAAACCACUGCUGUCAUUUUGAAAGUAAACGAAUAAUGUUGGAAGUAGCCGAAGAGAGGAUGGGAGUAGAGAGCAGGAGCAGAAUCUUACAACAGCUCAGUCAAGGAAAGGAGUGUAAACAAACGUACACAAAAUUAGUACAAGAAUGGAGAAGCAGGACAGAAGAAGAAAAGGUGCAAUUGAAGUGCUUGAAAGAGGAGUCGAUCAGCUUCCAAAAACAUGUCGAUACAGAAGUAACCACACUUACAUCAGAUGAAAUAGGUGCUGCCUUUGUGGAUCAACACCGAGAAGCUCUCAUUCAGAAUGUCUCUUCAGUAAUGGAGCUUGUAGACCGUCUGCAAAGCAAGAAGAUGAUAACGAAGGAAAUGUACAACAGCAUCAAUGUGGUGAAGAUCAGUCAAGAGCAAAUGAGAGUCUUGUACACGCAUCUCGACUCAGGAGGAAGAAAAGUCAAGGGCGCGUUCUAUGAAAUCCUAAAAGAUAAAAUGCAAUACUUAGUCCAGGAGCUGGAGUCUGGAUCAGUUUAGGAUCAACGAGUGCAAGUGCAUCAUUUCAUAAUCAGACUUGAUCACAACAAGCACAUUCAAUUGUCUGUUUAUUUUUUCUUUUCUUUUAUUGCCUUAAAUAUAUUGAAAAUAAUUUUUUUUUGCUUUUGUUUGUAAAAAUGUUCCAAU